UGGCUAGUUUAGUAUACCGCAAACAAGGAGUGGUCAUUAUCAUGGCGACCCGGCUUUUUUACAUACUAGCCAAUAUCUUAUCUUUGUCUGUAGUGUAGCUCGUGGGGGUUUUUGUGUUCUGUUUACGUAUGGAAUUAUUUUGCUGUCUGUUAAUAAGGUCGAGGUUUUUUUAAUGUUUCUUCGUGUUUUGGUUGUUUGUUUAUCAUCAUCGUUUAGACCCUCAUCCGAGAUCUAUGCUGCGGCAUUGUAUUCCGAGAUCCUUGUUGUGUCAGUAUGAUGUCGUGUGUCAUAUGUGUGACUCAGUCUAAUUCCUGUGUAAACAGUAAUUCAAAUAGGACAUGUGUGGCACAUAUGCAAAUAAUUGAAAGUGGACCAGAGAAACAUACGUGCAACCAACUAAAAGAAGACCAGUGUCAUAUAGGACUAGUGUAGCGUAACAAAUGUAAAUAGGACCACUUUGGAGUAUGUGUAACUAACCAAACUUCAGUGCAUUGUAUGUGUCACUAGUUGAAUUAGGAUUUGUGCGACGUUUGUGUAACUAAUUCAACCAAGACCAGUGCGAUUUAUGUGUAACUUAUUCAAUCAGGACCAGUGCGACUUAUGUGUAACUUAUUCAAUCAGGACCAGUGCGACUUAUGUGUAAACUGAUUCAGUCAGGUCAGGACCAGUGCGACUUCUAUGUAAUCAAUUUAAUCAGGAUCAGUGCGACUUACGUGUAACCAAUUCAGUCAGGACCAGUGCGACUUAUAUGUAUAUGUAACCAAUUCAGUCAGGACCAAUACUACUGAUGUGUAAUUAAUUCAUUCAGGACCAGUUCGACUUAUGUGUUACUAAUUUAAUCAGGAACAGUGCGACGUAUUUGUAUCUCAUUCAAUCAUGACCAGUUCGACGUAUAUGUAACCAAUUUAAUCCGGAUCAGUGUGACGUAUAUGUAACCAAUUUAAUCCGGACCAGUGUGACGUAUAAGUAACCAAUUUAAUCCGGACCAGUUCGACGUAUAUGUAACCAGUUUAAUCCGGAUCGGUGCGACGUAUAUGUAACCAAUUUAAUCAGGACCAGUGCGACUUAUGUGUAACCAAUUUAAGCAUGACCAGUUCGACUUACGUGUAACUAAGUCAUUCAGGACCAGUGCGACUUGUGUUACUAAUUCAUUCAGGACCAAUGCGACUUAUGUGUAACUAAUUAAAAAAAACAAAAAACGGUGUGACUUGUGUGUAACUAAUUCAGUCAAGUCCAAUGCGGCUUAUGUGUAAUUAAUUUAGUCGGGACUAAUCCUUGUGUAACUAAUUCAUACAUCUGCAGUGUAGCGUACAUGUGAAUAAUGUAACGAGGUUUCCGGUGAUGCACGUCAGUUCAAAAUCAGCAAAGUCGUGGAUGCAAUUACAAGUAAUUCAAAAAGAUUCAGUGUGGCAUACAUGUGGCACGAACAGGUUCAUUGCGAUGUGCUUUUGACUCAAACAGGUUCAGUUUGGCGUACAUGUAACUAAUUUAAAUCGGUUUAAUGUGGCUUACAUGUAUGUAAUUUUUAAAUCGGUUCAAUGUGGCUUACAUGUAAGUAAUUUUUAAAUCGGUCCAAUGUAGCUUACGUGUAACUAAUUGUUUUAAUCGGUUCAAUGUGGCUUACGUGUAACUAUAUUAAACAUGUCCAAUGUAUAGCGCAAACGUAACUAAUUGUGGCAGACUUGUAACUACUUUGAGUAUGAAUCCACGGUGUGUUUGUGUGUUGUGUUCAAACAACAUAAAGGCAUAGAGUCCAUUGACAUAUGAUUAUGGAAAGAACAAAGACGUUAAUCAUGGCAACAAAAACACUCCUUGAAAAUUCGUAUCAGUCUUGCGUGAGAACAAAACUUUCCAGAGCUACUAGGACGUAGUGACCAUUCCAGAAUCACAGGUAUAAUCAAUUUUAAUCACACAGUUCUAUGAUUUUUGUUUCCUGAAGUAGGGAAUACCUGACAUCUGUAUAUGACGUUAUCUUGAUGGCAUAUCAUGUAAGAGACCUUUUCAAAGGCCGACAAUUGAAUUGUGUAUCACUAACGUAAAAUUAAACAAACCAAACUUCAGACAUAUCGAUGAAAUAAAAACCAUCCAUCAACAACACAGUCUUGAGAGCCAAUUGGAAUAUCUGUCUAGAAAGUGGAAAGCAGAAAGGUAGUUCUCUUGAGAAAAAAAAAGCAGCAGGAAAACACCCAGCUAUUUCUUGAGGGCUUUCGUUUUAUCAAGAAUUCUCUGUACAAUAUUGCUCUGCUAUCGUAUUCCGAAGACGUCAAAACAUGUGAAUUUAAGCCACGCUAGUUAAUCCUGAGUUUUAGUUUUGUUUUACGAAGAAUUAUCUGUACAAUAUUGCUAUACCAUCGUAUUCUGAAGACUUCAAAGUAUGUGAAUCUAAGCCACACUAGUUCUGAGUUUUGGUUUUGCUUUACGAAGGAUUCUCUGUACAAUAUUGCUCUGUUAUCGUAUUCCGAAGACGUCAAAGCAUGGAAAUCUAAGCCGCACGAGUUCUGAACUGUACAAGAAAUAUAUAUAUAUAUUUAUAUACAUAAUUAAAUAAUAAUCUCACGCAACAUGAACGAUACCACAUGCGUCCCUGGUGCCACUGUUGCUAGUGUGACAAUCAACGUCAGUACCUUUCUGUAUCCCGGGAAGACACGCGUGGUGCAUGAGGACUGGGAGAUUGCUCUCAAGAUCAUCUUCUACAUCAUCGCCUUCCUUGUCGACGUCGUGGGCAACUCCAUCGUCAUCCUCAUCAUCGGACUCAACCGCAAGAUGCGCACGACAACCAAUGUGCUUAUCCUGAAUCUGGCGGUGUCUGAUCUGCUGGUCGGGAUUUUCUGCAUGUGGAUUCAUGUAGGGAACCAGAUCACAACGGAAUGGCCGUUUGGACAGAUUGGCUGCAAGAUCAAUGUCUUCAUUCAAGUUCUGGUUCUCAUCUCGAGCGUCUGCACGCUGACCAUCAUAUCGGUGGAGCGUUUCAUCGCGGUCGUCUUCCCCUUCAAAGCCAAGUGGUCGCCUACCGCCACCGGCGUCGUGAUCGCCUGCAUCUGGAUCGUUGCCUUCAGCGUGGCCUGCCCGCAGCUCGUCGUCAGACAACUGUUCGAGAUCCAGUGGAAGGACCGGCACCAGGUGUGGUGUCAGCAGGUCUGGCCCAACGUCUACAAGGACGCCCAGUGCAACAUCUACCAGCCGAGCAAGAUCGCCUACUAUAUCAUCCAGGGCAUCCUCAUGUUCUUCUUCCCGGUCGCCAUCAUGAUCGGGGCCUACACCAUCAUCGUCGUCAAGCUCGUCGUGAGGAAGGCGCCGGGCUCGCACAUCAUCAGUACUGCGCAUGCGCAGGAAAAGGCCAAACGAAAGAUUAUAAAGAUGAUGAUAACGGUGGUCGUCGUGUUUGUCUUGUGCUGGACACCUCAGCAAGUUCUUCUCUUCUGGAACACAUUCAAGCCCAAAGGAACAAAGCUGGAGAGCUACAUGGACGUGGUCUCCUACAUCGCCCUGUACGUCGCCUUCCUCAACAGCGCCAUCAACCCCAUUCUCUACGGAGGAUUCAACGAAAACUUCCGAAGAGGAUUCUCUGACGCAUUUCGCUGUCUGCUUAUAAAACGACAUAAUCAAGUUGUGCCUGACAGUACCCUUCAACACUGGACAACGAAAAGAACCGUACACGAACCAGUCAAUCAUCAUUUGCGUACAGUACAAGAAGGAACGAAAGUAGAAUCUGUCCCUUCAACAUCAGCCUAUCCCAACAGGGCAAUAGCCCACUGCGAGAGUCAGCCAUUAGAGGAAUGAGCUUGAUGCUUAGGAGGAGGAGGACUAAGAUGAGUAGGAGACUGAGUGUGAUUGCCACGAGGAGGAGGAGAACACAAGAAAGAGGAGCAGGAGGGGAUGAUGUUGAUGAGAAAUAGCAGGAGAACGAAAAGUCAGUUGUGUGGAUGAUGAAAGGAACGAGAUGAUGUUGAAGGUGUUGUUGUUGAUGAUGAUGAAGAUGAUGAUGAAAAAUAGCAGAACGAAGACACAGUUAUGGAUGAUGAAAGGACGAGAUGAUGAUGAUGGUGGUAAUGUUGAUGAUGAUGAUGAUGAUGAUGAUGAUGAUGAGAAAAAUAGCAGAACGUAGAGACAGUUAUGGAUCAUGAAAAGUACGAGAUGAUGAUGACGAUGAUGCUGAUGAUGAUCAGAGAAAUAGCAGAACGAAGAGCCAGUUAUGGAUGAUGAAAUGACGAGAUGAUGAUGAUGAUUAUGAAGAAGAUGAUGACGAGAGAAAUAGCAGAACGAAGAGAGUUAUGGAUGAUGAAAGGACAAGAUGAUGAUGAUGGUGAUAGUGAUGAUGAUGGAGAAGAUUAUGAUGAGAGAAAUAGCAGAACGAAGAGACAGUUAUGGACCAUGAACAGUACGAGAUAAUGAUGAUGAUGAUGAUGAUGCUGAUGAUGAUGUUGAUGACGAUGAUGAUGGUGAUGAAUAUGAUGAUGGUGAUGAUGAUGAUGAUGCUGAUGCUGCUGCUGAUGAUUAUGAUGAGAGAAAUAUCAGAACGAAGAGACAGUUAUGGACAAUGAAAAGUACGAUAUGAUAAUGAUGCUGGUGAUAUGAGAAAUAUCAGAACGAAGAGACAGUUAUGCAUGAUGCGCAAGAUGAGAUGAUGAUGACACUGGGGAUGAGAAGUAGCAGUAGAACGAGAAGAAUGGUGUGGCUGAUGAAAAGGACGAGGCAAAUAAUGAUUAUUUGGUUUAUGUUUUCGUCUACACAGAGGUCAGUCCAAAGGCUGGGGACCUGAGGACUAGUCAUAGUGAUAUUGUAACACACAGUUAUAGAAGACGAUUUGAGGACUGGCUCACAAUGACCUGGUCGAAAGUCAGUAGCUUUAGUGGAAAUUGUGCCAGGACAAUCUUGCUUAAACUGUUUUUGGAUAAGAAGUUAUUAAUUCGUAAGAAAUCGGAUGUGAGAGGCUAUGGAUUAAAACAAUGUUAUUUGAUUUAUAAUAAGCAUAAUUAUAAAAAUAUGUGGUUUAUUGUGCUUUUAAAACGUCUUUAAAUGUAUAUAUACAUAUAUAAGCGUGCGUGCGUGCGUGCGUGCUUGCGUGUGUGUGUGUGUGUGUGUGUGUGUGUGUGUGUGUGUGUGUGUGUGUGUGUGUGUUCCCCUAUACCUAGCCUGGUGUCGCAUGUUAUACAAGUAGUUUAGAUAAUGGAACAGUUAUACCGGUGACUAAAUACUAAAUAAUUCGUUCCUCUGAUAUUUCAAACCCUGAGCCAUGGAGUUUCUCAAGUGUAAAAAUGGCUGUUUUAUUGUGUUAAAUAAAUGCAAACUGAACAAA